UAAUUGUUAUUAUUGACCAGAUCUUAGCCGUCAAUUAAGAUUUUUGUACCCCUAUAUAUAUGGAGAUAUUUCUAGGUUCAUUGGUAUCAAUAACACGGAACCUCUCUCUCAUUCUCUCUCUUUGUCUUUGAAGUUCUAUCUCUUUUUCAUUUAGUUCACAACAUGUUAUCAGCACGAUGCGAGAAAAAUCUUCCGCCGCAUGGUUCUCAAGUUUCUCUCUUAUGGGAAAGACCAUGAUCAGACAAGGCCACCAACACGAUGCCACAAGUUGACCUAGACACCCUAGUUUCAGCCUGCACCGGAGGCUCUGAUCGGAAAAUAGCCUGUGAAACUCUCGCUGACGGAGAUCACCACCCAGAUCAACCCAAGGUCACUCCAGAUUUGCCUCUCAACUCCUUUUUGUUAUCCAAAGACGUAGAGUUCGACUGGUUCGACCAGCAUGCCUUUAACGAAAGAAAAGAUUCUACCAAAGGAAACUCCAAUUCGACGAACUUGAAUCCCAAUUUGAACUCGGGUUCCAACUCCAGUUCUCAACGGUUCUCUAAGAAAUUGAAGUCCAAAGCUUCCAUUAUUGGUUUACCAAAGCCUCAGAAGUCUUGUUACGUCGAUGCUAAAAAUCGUCGAUGUUGCAAAUUGAGAAACACUCGCUUGUUUCCAAAGAGGUCCGGCUCGGUCGGAAAAUCGGAGGCUCAACUGGUCGAGCCGGAGUCGGCGAGUCUGGGCUAAUUCAGAUGCCGCUGUCUAUGGGGUCAGACGAAGUCGUUGAUGGAUCUUCGUCUUUCAGAUCUGCCAAUCCAGGAGGGCCAAAACUAAGGGGCUCCUGGUGCCGUGAUGAACCAAGAUCCGGUGAGUGGUUCUGCGGGAAGUGCGCCGGCUCAACCAAGACAGAGGGUGAGGGCUCGGCGAGAUCAAGCCACUGUGAGCUUCAAUGUGUACAUGGUAUACCGGAUCCCAACCUUUGUACAUGGCCUUUUCACACCCAACCGGACUUAGAUCCUAAGCCUUGAUGACUCCUCCAAGCUCUUAGACGCCAUCUUUUACGCCAUGAUUCGCUCUGUGAGACAAUCUAUCAUAAAGAAGAUCAAUGGUUUCGAUUUUUUUUUUUUUUCACCGGGAGAGGUCUUCGGUACAACCGCUUCAGCGAUCCUCACUGUAUCAGCUUUGAAACCUUUACAUGUAUCCUCGAUUGAGGAUUUGAGUUUGAAAGCUCCGAGAGAAUUGGUCUUAUACGAGGCUUACGAGGCGGCGGACAGCUCGAGGCCGAUCGAGCAGAAGACAAAAUCAGAGAAGGCGAAGAAGGUGAAGAUCAGAGUCUAUUUCACGAUAUGAUUUCCUAGGCUUUGACCGCCGGUGCACCUUCUCUCUCACUUAUAGGACCCACCUCGGGCAACCGAACCUCUUUUUCUAAAUUGGUUGGCUCUGACUUGACCCUCCUAAGCCUCUUUGAAACCGACUAAUAUGGAAUGCCAUUUUUUCACGAUUCUUGUUCACUGUAAAGUUAGAAAUGGCAAGCGACAGCUAAACAUUAAUUAAAAAUAAAAAUAAAAUAAAAUAUCGGUGUACACAUCCUCCAGU